UUAAGACGUUACACAAAAUAAUGUUUUUUAAUUUUAUUACAUUUGCCACUAUUCUGGCUUUUAUAAAUUGUCGAGAAAUCGAUACUCUUUCAAAAUGGGGCAGUCUUAACAAACUUAUUAAAAUUAGCGGAGUUGACGUGCUGAUGUCCAACGAGCUCACAGUGCAAGUUGAUACACCAAUUAUACAAUUGUACUACGAAGCUCACUGUCCCGGAUGUAUAGAGUUCGACACGACACAGUUGAAAGAAGUUGUUGAAGUGUUGCACCAGUAUGUGGACGUCCACACUUAUCCUUACGGAAAUGCUAGGACAGUUAUACAUGAAGAUGGCACUGUAGAAGUGACCUGCCAGCACGGACCAGCUGAGUGCUACGGGAAUAUGCUUCACGCAUGCGCGUUAGACAUCAUAGCUAACGGCACUGAAGCUUUGCUUUUCAACGCUUGCAUGAUGGACCAAGACAGCAAUGACAAUAGUGCAGAUAAGUGUGGCGAAAAGAUGAACAUCAAUGCAAGCCCAAUAAAGGACUGUGCGAAGAGCCAGAAAGGCACCGAUCUCCUUGUUCACUAUGGUGAAGAGAGUGAGAAGGCAGGUUUCCAAUACGUCCCCUACGUCCUUCUGAAUGGGGAAGAGUGGAGAGGGGAAAGCUUAUUGAAUGAUGUGUGUGCAACAUUCAAAAAUCCGCCUGAACCUUGUACACAAUUCUGA